AUGGACGUGGAUGCUCCAUUAACGGUUUUGAUGGACGACGUACCCAGUCUGAGUGUAAAACCGAUGGUGAAAUCCGAACCUAUGGAUAAUUCCGCCGAUCUAUUGCUAGACGACGAGUUACGAUUACAAAUCGAGAAAAGUAUCGAAUUAGUUGUCGAGGAAUUCUCUCGUAGUACGGAUUGCCUUGCUGAAAGUUUAGCCUCGUGCGAUGACAUAAACUUGGAAAACAGUUCGGCCGAUGCGGGUAGUACUGAAAUAGCCCCACCAGAAGUCGAAGAACAAUCGUCGAAUAACGAUUCGACCGAAUACAACAACGACGAGCCAACGAAUCCGCCAGAAAGUGUACCGAGUAACGCGACUGUUUCGUCGAGUUGUCUAAAAAGUGCUAACGUCGUUGUCGCCGAAUUACCUCCUAAAAUUCCCAACGAUAUUACAGUCAUCCCGAUAACCACCGGUAGCGUUGUUAAUAUCAAAUCCGAACCCAGAGAUACGACAGUCGAAUCUGAUCGUAAACUUCGAAAGUUCCCCACCAGUCAUCGUGUAUCGAGCAGUAUCGAAAGCAACCCGGUGGCUUCCUCUAAGUGUGGUUUAUAUUUACCUUCGUUGACGAGCGGCAAACAUCGAGCUUUGACUAUUUUACCGGUGAGCUCGAGCGGUGCUGCGAUCAAAUCUACCAUAUCGGAUGGUAUAGCUUCGACGAAGCCGAAAAUUCGCAACGAUUCGGUCGAGUUUUCUCUCACAGCUGACGUGACUAUUAAAAGCGUACCGUCUACGAAUACCUCGUCGACCAGUAACGCGCCUUCUUACAAGGGGUAUUCGUCCUCUUCAGCUUUGGCUGCGUUGAAACAAAUGCGAGCCGGUGAAUCGAACGUUCCGGUUUCAACGUCGUCGAGUCAUUGUAUGCCAGCUUCUACUCGUGGUAGCUCGUUACCGAACGAUCCUCUGCUCGGAUUAGCAAUGACGCCGGCGCAAAUGUACCUGGAUAAUACGAUGGGAGUAAAACCGGAUACGUUGGGUUCGUCCAGCGGAUCUUGCUCGUCGUAUAAUUCCAAGUAUUGUUCGUAUAGGCCUCCUCCAGCUUCGUCUUCGAUGUCCGAUCUGUCUUCGUGUUCGUAUUCCUCUCCUUCGGUGUGUGCUUCGAAGCUAUGCGGUGUUGUACAUCAUUCGUUAUCUGGUCCGUCGCCGGCGCAGUGCCAACAGUCGUCUGGUUUGCCCUUGCUGCCAUACUCGUCUCAACCUUCUUCGUUCUGCUCUAAUUUCAACUCGUACGCUCCAACGCCUCCACCUCUAUCGUCACCUAAACACCUGAAACCUCCUAUCAACGUUCUAAACUCGUGUCGAAUGUCAUCAUCGUCUCCUGUGCCGGCUUAUAUGCGAUCUCGAGAGCCAUCUUAUAGCGCUCCUAUACUCUGCGAUUCGUAUACCGGCGGUGCUGGAAUUCUGCCUCCGGAGUCAUCGUCGUUUAGAUCGACUCCUCCUUGGAGUACCCCGGCUUCGGCUUCGUUUCGUAGCCCAACAUCUCCGGCAGCGUUCAACUUCACAUUACCGUCGCCUAAUAUGGGACCUAUCGCGCCUCCGCCACCGCCACCCCCUCAUCCUGCCUUACCGGCGCCCAGUAACCCAGCGAUGUUCCCCUCCUGCCCUAAUCAAUCGAAUUCCCUCAUGUUACCCACCACUUCUCAUCACAACCAAAAAACGGUGCAAAAUUCAUCAUCGUCGUCGUAUCCGUUUAGAUCAUCGAAUUUUACGCCGCCCAACUCGUCGUCUGCUUAUCAACGAGCCCAGUGCUGUUUUUCGUCUCAAAUCCAGUGUUUCAAUUCGGCCUGCGCCAGUAGCUCGCAGCAGCAGUUUUCUAUCGUGCAGCAUUCUACGCGAUUAUCGAACUUGAAAUCGAAUUCUAUCGAUAGCGUGUCGUCUUUACUACAGUAUCAUACGUAUUUCAAAAAGUAUUGA